AAAGAACUUCAGAAGAAUUUGGCAGAAGUAGUAUUUCCAAAAUUUUGUGGAUUAUUUGAAAAAGCAUUAGAUCAAAACGGAGGAAAGUUUUUCGUCGGAAAUUCGCUGACACUCGCUGAUCUUGCUGUCUUAAACGCAUUUGACACGCCAUUACAUCAACACGCCACACUUCUAGACUCGUUUCCCAAACUUAAAGCACACAGAGAACGUGUAAUGGCCACUCCAAAACUUUCUGAAUACAUCAAGAACAGAAAGGUUACUGACAUUUAAAAAAAUCGAGACUGUGAGAAAAGACCGUAAACUAUUAGUGAAUAAUGUGUCAAUAAUAUGAAAUAAUUAAAAAAUCAAACAAUUUA